AUGGUUUGGAACUACAUGGUCCCAAAAGACAAAAAUAUUUGUCUUCGCCUUCUCAGGAUUUCGUUUUUGAAUAACUUUAGUGAAGUGAAAGAGAAGAAUAAAACAAAAGCCGAAAUGUAUCUUGAGACUCCUUCUCGUGGCAACCGUAUAGUGUGCAAAACAGAUAUGGAAAUCACCAAUAAUACUCGGAUUACAAUGGCUGCAGGACUGGGAGCCAUACCAUCUGCCAUAAGAUGUGACUAUGCUGAUUGUAAAGGUUCCUUUCCUGUUGAUACUCCUGUAGUAUGUCAAAAUCAUCUCUCCUUCUUUCAGGCCAUGGGAAAGCACAAAGCCUGGCCCACCUGCUCCUCCCACCUCAUUGUCAUCACCUUGAUCUUUGGAUCUACUAUUCUCAUGUAUUCUCUGGCCAUGUCAAGCCACUCAGGUGACGUGGACAAGCUGCUCUCCUUCUCUACUCACACGGCCAGCAUCUGUUUAAAUGCAAAUGGGGGAGUAUUCCUUAUUCAAGUUUUACAGAUUCUGAAAUCAAAUUGGUACCAAGGCACUCAGAAGCUCCCUAGGAACAGGGAAAAGAAAUUAGAUGACCAUUCCUUGGAAAGUGUUAAUAUUAUCCUAAAAGGUUUUGAUACCCUAUAUCCUUUUAAAAGGGAAAAAUGGACCUGGAGAAGGUUCUUCUGGCACACUGAGCAGCAAAUAUCAAAAGAAGCUAUGAGAUUCAGAGACCCACUUGGAUUGUGUUAUUCCCAGGAGGCUGCAGGAUGGAGCCUUCUUGAAAUGUAUGCUCAGAGGUUUACCCAGGGUUUGAACAACUCCUGUUCAGCAGCUGAUGCAGACGGAAUAGAGAGAAACCUGACCUAUGUGACUGAGUUUGUUCUCUUGGGAAUCUCAAACCGUCCGGAAUGGCAGAUUCCUCUCUUCCUGGUGGUCCUAAUCAUCUAUCUUAUUACAGCAAUAGGAAAUCUUGGGAUAAUCACGAUUACCAAUAUAGAUUCCCUACUAAAAGCUCCGAUGUAUUUUUUCCUCAGGCAUUUGGCUUUCAUCAAUCUAGGUAAUUCCACCACCAUUGCCCCCAAAAUGUUGGUGAACUUCUUAGCAGAGAGUAAAACCAUUUCCUAUUAUGAAUGUGCUUCACAGACAGGCUGUUUUUCAACUUUAAUUAUUGCAGAGAUUUUCAUGCUCACUACUAUGGCCUAUGACCGAUACAUGGCUAUCUGGAAGCCAUUGCUUUAUAGGGUGAUUAUCUCGAGAGAAGUGUGCAUCGUAAUGGUUAUUCUUAUAUACACCUAUAGCUUCAUUGAAGGAGUGAUUGUCUCAACUUACACAUUUUCAGUGUCCUACUGUUCCUCAAAUGUAAUCAACCACUUCUAUUGUGAUCAUUUCCCUCUGCUGGUACUUUCCUGCUCUGAUACCCAUAUACCGGAGACAAUCAUUUUAAUAUUUUCUGGCUGUAAUUUGAUUUUCACCCUCACAGUUGUUCUAGUGUCCUAUUCUUUCAUCAUCUUGGCCAUUGUGAGGAUCCGCUCCUCUGAGGGGAGGUGGAAAGCCUUCUCCACUUGCACAUCUCACUUGAUGGCUGUAACAGUUUUCUAUGGGACUCUCUUUUUCAUGUACCUGCUGUCCCAAGGCAGCCACUCCUUGGAUACAGAUAAAAUGGCUUCUGUGUUCUAUACCCUGGUGAUCCCCAUGCUGAAUCCCUUGAUCUACAGCCUGAAGAACAAGGAAGUAAAAGAUGCUUUGAAAAGACUCUUGACUAAUUCCUAUAAAUCUUUAAAAAUAUGA